AUGGCCAGGUGGUCACUGUGGCAGGUGGACGUGCAGGGGUCUGUGGGCAUUGCCAGAAGCCACUGGGCUUGCGAGCACCCCAGUCAUUUCCCCUCGGUGCUGCGAUCGCCAGUUACUGCUGAGGAAUUCAAACCCAGGGGCUCGGGCAGUGGCCGUGGUCCGCUGGGGCCCCAGGCUGGCCGCCUGUCAGCGCCCCGGGCCGGGCACGCCUCCCCCAACAGUGCAGAGUGCCGCGGUGACACGGAUGUUGGAACAAUGACCCAGGGUGACCGCCACCACGAGCAGCCCGAGGAGGACAGUGCGCUGGGCGCCCGCGCCGCCCACCUCAUGGUCAAGGAGUACAUGAUCCUGUUCAACAGCCUGGUGGCCGAGUUCCUGGUGGGCAGCGAGCUCACGCGCACGGUCACCCCGCUGCGCUGGCAGCCCCCGCCCGGCGGCCGGCAGCUGGAGGCCCUGGGCGAGAAGCACGGGGAGCUGGUGCCCCUGUCGCUGCACCUGGGCCAGCACCUGCGGGCCGGCACCCCCUGCGCGCAGCUGCACGUCCUGGCCGGGCUCUGGGCGCGCGUCCAGCAGGCCGCCCACACCGAGGACCUGAGCCUGCUGGUGGACCUGCUCACCACGGACGACCUGCACCCCGCGCUGGCCCUCGCGGGCCUGGACCUCCGCAGGGCCCUGGGCCGCUCGGCCCUGGGCCGCUCCAGCCAGGGUGACCGGCAGCAAGCCAGCCACUACUCGCUGCAGGUGGACUGGUACACCUGGGCCUCCUCGCCCAUCCGCAGGUACCUGGACGUGGCGGUGCAGCGGCUGCUGCUGCUGGCCCUGGGCCACGGCGGCUGCGCCUACUCGGCCGGGGACAUCGACCGGCUGUGCCAGGACUUCGGCCGGCAGCACGUGGUGCUCCUGGGGGACCACAAGCAGCUGCGGCCGGUCGUCAAGAACGAGCAGUUGCAGAACCUGGGGCUGGACCGGUCUCUCUUCGAGAGGUACCAGAAGGACGCCUACAUGCUGGACACGCAGUACCGCAUGCACGAGGGCAUCUGUGCCUUCCCCUCCGCGGAGUUCUACCGGCGACAGCUGAAGACCUGGAAGGGGCUGCGCCGGCCGCCCAGCGUCCUGGGCCACGCCCAACGGGACAGCUGCCCCGUCCUCUUUGGCCACGUGCAGGGCCACGAGCAGAGCCUGCUGGUGUCCACGGACGAAGGGAACGAGAACUCCAAGGCCAAUCUGGAGGAGGUGGCGCAGGUGGUGCGCAUAGCCAAGCAGCUGACCCUGGGGAAGACGGUGGACCCCAGGGACAUCGCCAUCCUCACGCCCUACAACGCACAGGCAGCCGAGAUCAACAGGGGCCUUCUGAGAGAGGGCGUCACGGGGGUGACCGUGUGCUCCAUCACCAAGAGCCAGGGCAGCGAAUGGCGGUACGUGCUGGUCAGCACCGUCCGAUCCUGCCCAGAGGGUGACGUGGACCAGCGGCCCACCAAGGGCUGGCUGAAGAAGUUCCUGGGUUUUGUGGUGGACCCCAACCAAGUGAACGUGGCCAUCACCCGGGCUCAGGAGGGGCUGUGCCUCAUUGGUGGGGCUGGCCGGAAGUCCGGUCCAAGGUCCCCGGCCGCCGGCCUUGACAGCAUCCUGCCCACGCAGCGCCCCGGAGCCACUGGUGGGGUGGGGACGAGGCCGCCCCCAUUGGCCACCAUGGCCUUGAGGCGCGCCAGGGCUGGAGUGCGCCUGACCCUGGGUGGGGAGGCAGUGGGCCCCGUGGCCAGCCAGCUGCCCUAA